AAUAGCAAUGAGUAAUUUCUUUAACAAGUCCAUUGAGGUGACGUCAUUCUUUCCUCUGACAUUUGGUGAAUUGUCAGUGAUUGUCAGCAAAGUAAAUAAUACGCGUAGGCAGCUACAAGCAUCAACAUUCCAUCGUACAUACUAUUAUUUUUUGGAGGUUAUCUGUGAAUUAGUCACAACGGGGGCCGAACAAUCAGCUAUGUCCGUCUCUCAGAUGGAAAAGAAUUUAUUUAAUCUCAAGUUUGCAGUGAAGGAACUGGAAAGAAAUUCCAAAAAAUGCGAAAAAGAAGAAAAGAUGGAGAAGGCCAAGGUCAAAAAGGCUAUUCAGAAGGGUAACAUGGAAGGGGCCCGAAUCCAUGCUGAAAAUGCCAUUCGACAAAAGAAUCAAGCCUUGAAUUAUCUUAGAAUGAGUGCUCGUGUUGACGCAGUCGCAAGCAGAGUACAAACUGCCCUGACAACAAGAAAAGUUACACAGUCAAUGGCUGGUGUGGUUAAAGCGAUGGAUGCCGCUAUGAAAUCGAUGAACCUAGAGAAAAUUUCAGGUCUAAUGGACAAAUUUGAAAGCCAGUUUGAAGAUCUGGAUGUUCAGAGCUCUUACAUGGAAAAUGCCAUGUCACAGACAACAACUACCAAUGUACCACAAAAUGACGUCGACUCUUUGAUGCAGCAAGUUGCCGACGAAGCUGGUCUGGAAUUGAACAUGGAACUGCCUUCUGGACAGUUGGGUUCCAUUGGUACUUCGACAGCAGUGAGCCAAGAGCAAGAUGAACUGACCCAACGACUCGCUCGGCUUCGAGAGUAACUAUCUGAUGUAUAUAAAUUUCAAUUUUCAUGCUAUCCAACAAUAUUGAUAAAGAUUGACGCAAAUUAUUGUCAUCAAACGAUUGUACCUACUAGUUUGAGUAUGAUACAGCCCGAUUUGGCAUUGGAUGAUUUUCUAAAAAAAAGCCAGAAGAACAAAUCUUCGAUGAAAUUUUUCCUUUUAUACAUCAAAAAACACUUAAAUUUGCAAAUAUGGCUUUAUGCAUACAUGAAACAAGAAAUGACUAUUUUAUACUGUUGUGUUUAUAAAUUUUUAUUCUGUUAUAUUUUAAUAAGCUACGUCAAUCUGUCACUACAGUGAAUUCUUUGUAAUAAUUAUGGAGGUUACAUAAAGAGACCGAACUCCGUGUAAACACACAGCUGCCUAAAAUAAGAUGGCACUGGUGUACUGUAUGCACCAAAUACAGCGGAGGGAGUACCUAUAAGGCAUCGAUUUGAAUUGAAGACUUUCUACCAAUUACAUUGCAAAAUUAUCGAUUAGUUGAUCUUGGGCAAGUUUGGUUUUACAAGUGGCGAUCCUACAAAAACGAACCUUUCAGACAAACUUGUAGGACCGCAACUUGUAGAAACUAACCUUGCAAAGCGAAUCAGAAGUCACGAACUUGUAGAAUUGCCGCUUGUAGCAACGAAUUUCUAAGUAUCGGCACUUGUAGAAGCAAACUUAUAGAAAAGGUCCUCUCCCGUAAUGACACUCUGGUGCAAAAGGAACACUAGCAACGCUAGUAGUAUAAAAAAUAAACUUUUAAUGUGUCCGAUUACUGUUAAAAGUUUUGUCAAUUCUCCCAUUUGAGUUUGGGGUCUCCUUCUGCAAUCUCCAUGGUAAUAAUUAUGAUUAACUUAACCAGAGGUCACAUAGUAUUAGAUUCCUCCCUUGAAAGGAUGCUGUAGUCAAUUACUUAUUUUGAAUAUUAUCAAAGACUUCUUAACCAUAAUGCCGAAAAAUGUAUUCCUGUUAUUGAAUUAUCACUUAUUGUAGGAAUACAUUUUCUGGCCUUCCUUUCUCAUGAAACAAAACAGUUUUUAAAUAUUUUUGCUAAGCAUUGCAUGUAAAAUUGCGCUGACUGCGGCUUUUUCAUAUCAGUGCUACAUACCAUAGGCUUUGAUAAUA